AUGCUACGCAGGUCAAGAACAGGCACAUGGAUGCCCGCCUGGGUCCCUGGAUCAACAGCCUUCCUCUCAGUUUUGCUUCUCGCCUGCUCCAUGGCCCAGACUGGCACCAAUGGCUGCGACGGGACCAUGCUCAACGGCUUCAACAUUCUCCCGUCGUACAACAACUAUUUCAACCUGACCAAUACGACAAAGGGUCUGAACACUGCCUCGAUAUUUAUCGGGGGGUUCUUGGGCUUGUUUUGGGCCGGCAUGAUGGCUGAUCGUCUCGGGCGGCGGCCUGCUAUUUUCUGGGGCUCUUUGAUUACCCUUGUCGGCAUCAUUCUUCAGACCGCCGCACAGCAUAUCGCCAUGUUUGUCAUCGCCAGGGUCGUUCUCGGCUGGGGCAACGCCAUCGGUGGAGUAGCUGGCGCAGUGUACCUGUCUGAGACGUUCCCCAAUCGCUGGAGAGCCUGGGGCGUUGGGUUACUGAAUAACUGUUACUACGUGGGCGCCUUUUUUGCUGCACUCGUGACACUUGGAAGUAGUCAUUUGAACUCGACUUGGGCAUGGCGCACACCAUCUCUAUUUCAAGCCGUCUUCUCUAUUAUCAGCAUCGCGGUUCUACCGUUUAUUCCCGAGUCUCCUAGGUGGCUUGUUGGCCAAGGUCUAUUCGAAGAAGCUCGUAUAGCUGUCGCGCAGACAAACUCCAACGGAAAGCUCAUGGACCCGGUAUCAACAGCUGUAUACAAGCAAAUUGUCGACACACUUGAAUGGGAGAAAAAGCAAGGUCGGACGAUGGGUGUCAAGGAAAUAUUUAAAACACCAAUGUCUCGCAAGCGGGCCCUGAUAGGGGGCUCUGUGGCCCCUUUCUCGUGCAUUGCAGGUAAUAUCAUUGCGUCGUAUUAUCUGGGUGCCGAACUUGAGACUGCUGGCAUCUCCGACCCGAAUGCCCAGCUAAAAGCGGCAUGUAUUCAUCCCCUUGCUUGGUCAAGUACCUAUUUCUAA